AUGCCAAACUCAUCGCAACUUAUGAAACCUGAGCAACAACAGAACUUUCUGCAAAUCCUAGACAAUGCUAUGAAACAGUUGAGUCAAAAACAUCCUGAGGCUGAUUUGAAGAAUUAUCAUAUGCUCAAGAAUGCAAUAUCGACGGGUCAAAUUCUGCAAAAGAAUCUACAUACAGUAGAGAAGGUGAUAAACCAGUUGAAAACUGAACCUUCAUAUUUGCUAAAGAGACAAAUAAUGCACCCACAGCAGCAGAAUCAAGGGGUAAAUGGUGGAAUGGCGUCUGAGGAGACGCGGCAAAAGUUGUUGGCACAAAAACGUUCCAUACAAGGCCAGAGUGUUCGACCUCCGAAUUCGUCCAGUUUAAAUACCCUCCUCUCACAGCCUGUGGACCAUCCAGGGGCACCAGCUGCUACACCUUUUAAUGCUCCUAAUGUAGCUGCUAGGCAAUCGCAGUUGUUAUCCCAACAACAGCAGAUAAGUCUUGCAACAGCAGAAUUAUUGAACGAAAAUCCUGUGGAUGAUUUCAACUCUGCUAUGGAUAAAAUUUCUGAGGAUCUUGCUGUUUUGAGACGAAAGGCAGGACCAGUUAGAGCUGCGCAAAUUGAUAAUGAAAUUUGUGAGUUGGCCAGAGAAACAUUGGAGAAAUCUGGCCAUUUGCUGCCCAGAGAUGUACUCCCUGUGCCCAAGUCUGAUGCAGGUCCGUAUUUUAAUACGGGCAAUAUGAUAAUUGGUGGAGCUGAACGAUUAGCUGAAUUAAAUGAGAUCGCGGCUGCAAAGAAACCAAAAUACGAAGAGUGGCCAAUUCCUACUUCUGAGGAGGAUAAAUUGGUACGCAGUGGAAAGCGAAUAUCAGAUGUUGACCUCACUUUUGAUGACUUAAAUUCUCGAUUAAAUGGCGAGUUGGAGGAAAUAAAGAAAGACAUCGAAGAAGUUACAGUCUCUAUUGUUCAUCCAGACACCACAGGCGAGUCCAAGGAUCAACUCGCUCUUGGAGACUAUCCAGAUAUAGAGGAAAUGAAUAAGCACGAUAAGAUCCAUGAUGCUGCUGAAUGGAAUGAUAGUUUACAUUUGCGCUUAAGUUUCACCUCUAAGAAUUUGCCUUGUGGGGUCCCUCCAUUAUACGUGUGUAUUCCGCCAGCCUAUCUAAUCACCAAAAAUGUUGUCUGGAUGUACCGCCGGUCCGAUUUUGAUAAACCACAACCCCUUAGUGACUCCAUUUAUAAUGAACGCGAGAUAUCCUGUUUCCGAAGAUCCUCCUUCAUUCUAAUUCAACAAUUUCUCGAUACCUACCGUAUACUUCGACGUAAAGCCAGGGAGCCCAUAUCGUUGUAUAAUUUGUCUGAGAUCUGGGCUAAAGGCGUCUUGAAGUCGAUUUUAACAUUCAGAGAAUUUCCUGCUUAG